AUGACGAAGCGCACAGCUCACCGCAGUGUGGCCAAUAGAUUUAACUGUAAGUGCCUCGAAGCGCAGCCCUGUUGCGCUCGUGAUCACAAUGGGAAAAACUUCAUAGGGAACGAACUCCUUUGUUUGCUUGUGUGUGGAAGGGGGAGGAGGCGGGGGGUGAAGGAUUUAGCUAACAAGCACGCUUCUUUCGCUCUGCGCGUGUCGGUACGCUGGCAGAGGACCUGCCUUCGAAUCUUGACUGUUCAAAUUAUUCUUUCUGUGGGUGUAAGCUGCAGUCGUUUGACAAUAUAUAGAAAAGAGGGAGGCGAUAAAGAGAGGACGGCAACGAAGGGCGCGUUCGUUUUUUUCCUUCUUUCUUUCUUCACAGAGCGCCGCUGUUGUGACCGAUGCUCCUUCUCACGUCCUCCUCCUCCUCUCGUUUGA